UCCUACUGAACUGUCUUAGUUAAUUGCUGUCAUAAUCUUGAAAUAUUUGAGUAAUUGACCUCAUCUAGUCCUUUGACUUCAGCUACUAUGUACAUGCUGACUACACCUAAAUUUGUCUCUCUAUUCAGGAUUUUUGUCUGGAUCUUUAGAUUCAUUUCCAAAUGCUUUAUUUGGCUUCUUCACAUAGGUGUUUAAUAAGAAUCUUAAACUUAAAAUGACCAGACAAAAUUCUUGAUUUCCUUCCCCCCAAAUCAGCCUCUUCUCCAGCUUUCCUCACUUAAGCUAAACCACUUACAGCUAAAAAUCCAGAAAUUAUCCCUGAUUCUUUCCGCUCUUUUAGCUUUCUGUUCUCCAUUUCUCCCCUCCUCUGCCAUUGUAGUUGCCUGUAUAUUUACUGCAUACCUAGCUUUCAAAAACUGUUAAUGGUAGUCAUUUGUGUACUAGUAAGUGAAAUAUGUUUUUGCCCCUAUUCAUUAUUAAGUCAUUGUUCAUUUUGCUCAGCUUAAGUUAGGAUCCCCAGUCUCUGAUCAGCUAGCUACUGUCAGGGAAUGUACAUCCAGUCAUGGGCAUGGACCGAUGUUCGGCAUUACUGGUUAUGCACUUCCCCUACCUCUUAGUCUGGUGUUUUAUCCAGCGUAGAUGACCUAGGCCUGUGCGGUCCUUGAGGAUUGUUUUGCCCCAUCCUCCAUCUCUCUCCUCCCUUCACACAGCCAUUAUUAGUAGAGCCAGAGACCAAGUGGCCUUCUUGGCUCACUUUUCCCAAGCCCAUGCUUUGGUCUUGUUUUCUGUGGAUCUGAGCCUCCUGCUCUUUUUAAGUGUUAAAUUUUUGUAAUGUUUCUGCAUGGUUAUAGAGCCUAUCGUGAAGAAUGGCAGGCCUCCAACCUCGCACAGUAUGCAUUCCUUCCUCCACCAGUACACAGGGUCCUUUAAGAAGCCCCCAUUGCGGAGACCACAUAGCGUUAUUGGAGGAAGCCUUGGUUCCUUCAUGGCAAUGCCCAGAAAUGGAAGCAGAUUAGAUAUUGUUCAUGAAAAUUUAAAAAUGGGAUCAGAUGGUGAGAGUGACCAAGCUUCUGGGACAUCAUCUGAUGAAGUCCAGUCACCUACGGGUGUUUGUCUUAGAAAUCGUAUACAUAGGCGGAUCUCAAUAGAGGAUUUAAAUAAGCGGUUAUCACUGCCUGCAGAUAUCAGAAUACCUGAUGGGUAUCUUGAAAAGUUGCAGAUCAACAGUCCACCAUUUGAUCAACCAAUGAGCCGAAGGUCUCGGAGAGCUUCCUUAUCAGAAAUUGGGUUUGGAAAAAUGGAAACCUACAUCAAAUUGGAAAAGCUUGGAGAGGGUACAUAUGCAACAGUAUAUAAAGGAAGAAGUAAAUUGACAGAGAAUUUGGUGGCCUUGAAAGAGAUCCGGUUGGAACAUGAAGAAGGUGCGCCCUGCACAGCAAUAAGAGAAGUUUCACUGUUAAAGGAUCUAAAACAUGCAAAUAUAGUAACCUUACAUGACAUUGUUCAUACAGAUAAAUCUUUGACUCUGGUCUUUGAGUAUCUGGAUAAAGAUCUCAAACAGUACAUGGAUGACUGUGGAAACAUCAUGAGUAUGCACAACGUAAAGCUGUUUUUAUACCAAAUUCUACGUGGUUUGGCAUAUUGCCACAGAAGAAAGGUGUUACACCGAGAUUUAAAACCACAGAACCUCCUCAUUAAUGAAAAAGGAGAAUUAAAGCUAGCAGAUUUUGGACUGGCCAGAGCCAAGUCAGUUCCCACAAAGACCUACUCAAAUGAAGUUGUCACACUUUGGUACCGGCCGCCUGAUGUGCUUCUGGGGUCCUCCGAGUACUCAACACAGAUUGACAUGUGGGGUGUUGGUUGCAUUUUCUUUGAAAUGGCUUCUGGAAGACCUCUAUUUCCAGGAUCAACUGUGGAAGAUGAACUGCACUUAAUCUUCCGACUGCUAGGAACUCCAUCUCAGGAAAAUUGGCCAGGUGUUUCUUCAAAUGAUGAGUUCAAGAACUACAACUUUCCAAAAUAUAAACCGCAGCCUCUAAUUAACCAUGCACCCAGGUUAGACUCUGAAGGAAUUGAGUUGAUAACAAAAUUUCUUCAGUAUGAAUCUAAGAAAAGGGUUUCAGCAGAAGAGGCCAUGAAACAUGUGUACUUUCGAAGUCUGGGACCAAGAAUACAUGCUUUACCUGAAAGUGUAUCAAUAUUCAGUUUGAAAGAGAUUCAGUUGCAAAAGGACCCCGGUUUUCGAAAUUCUUCUUAUCCAGAGACAGGACAUGGGAAGAACAGAAGACAGAGCAUGCUCUUUUAAGUCUGAUAACAUGGUUUCAAGCCCAGCCCCCAGCCUUUCUUAUCAAUCAAGGACUCAGAUCUGAAGGCAAUUAUUUCUUUUGGUGGACUUGGAAUCUUCGUUUGUCUACACUGUCCUCUUCACAGUGGAGUCUUUUUAUUUCAGACCUACAAAUUGUUUUUAUAUUUGUUGUCACAGUGUGACAAUUUUUUUGUACAGUUGGUUUUAAGGUCUUCUCUGCCAUUAGAGCCAGUAGGUUACAGCUGUUGAUGUAACUAUAGCUGCAGUUUUUGUGCAGGACUGAGAAACACAGUGCAUUAUUUAUUGCGGAAUCAUUGCUGCUAAAUAACUACUGUCUGUUUAUUUAACACAACAGUUGAUGCCUGAAGAAGUUGCAGUGGCUUUAUUAUAUGUGAAUGCAUCUGUUUCUCCUCACAAAUUGUUUUACUGCUGCAUUUUUUGUUUGUUUUUAAAAUUAAACUGCAUUGUUUCCUGGAAUGUAAAUUUAGCUUUGCUUAACAGUAAAAUAAGUGAGCCAACUUGAACACACUUACGUUCAUGCUAUAUAAUUUUUUAUUGAACAUUGGCAAAUAGAGUAGCUAAGAAAUUGAUAAGCACAUUAUGUUUAGGAAAGCAUGUGAUGCAGAAGUUGAUUCAAGCAAGUGAAUACCUGACAUUUUGGGGAUCUCGAAUUACAUACCAGUAAAUUAAAGUACCAAAAUUAUUUAUUUUUACCUUUCCUCAUUUUAGAAAUACUUACUGCAUAUUAUUGGAUAUUUGUAUACUAACACACUUAACCUAUGUUACCUUGUGCUUUAAUUUAGUUAAACCAUGCAAGUCCAGUCAAACAUGAGAUCUUGUUUUGUUUAUUUGUCUUAAAUACAAUUCUUUUAUUAGAAUGGAUGAUUCUUCAUUGGGGAACAAUUUAUUUCAUUUGAGAGAUGUGUGUACAUGUGUGUUUUAAUAGCAUUCACUUGGAAUCAGCUGAAAGCUGUAAUAUGUGUUUGAAAUGAGCCAUGAUAAAUAACAAACGAGAGAAAUGAGAACUUGGAAGAUUGUUUUAAAGCAUUCUAGGUAUUAUCUGUUUACCAGAGAUAGUAAAUAUUACAGUUUUAAUUAUGCAUCUUUUUGAGCAUCAUAAAUACACCUUGGUGUUGGUAACAGUGCUUUAAGCAUUUGUGUUCACUUUUAAGGACUAUUUGUUUAGUGCAUCUUACCAACUGCAGAUCUUAAUUGCUAUAUUUUGAAAUGAUCAUGUAAAUUUGGGGCUUAUAUAUCAUGAAAAGAGUCAUAACUUAAUUCAUUUUCCUGACAUUCACUGUAAAACAUUCAGGGGUCCUACCAUUUCUGUUCAGGAAAUCUUGUAGUUUAUUGUUAUUUAACAGUAUUAAGUGAAUUUUUGUAUAUUUCAUUUUAACUUUAUUUGUGAAUAGUGAUUGUGGCAUGUUUGGGGUGUUAUUUUAAUAUUUCAUGAUGGUGAAGUUUUAAUUUUUAAAAAAAAAUUUCUGGAAGAAACAGACUCAUGUGUGAUGGUGAAUAUUGGACCACUACUGCUUCUCACAUUUGUAAACUGGUUUCAUGUCAAACUCUGUAGCCUAACAAACUGCUGUGAUUUCUAACUGACAGACAUGUAUUAAUAUUGUACUUUGAAGGUUACAAAUACUAUGUGAAAAUUCCUCCAUUUUGUUUCAAAAUUUAUAAUAACAAAAUCUUCAUGUUGUUAAAAUGUG